AUGUCAAGAGUGAGAAGAUCAGCCAAGCUUCGCUACGGAGACAAAGAACUGGCUAUUCAACAAAGGCUGCGCGCACUGGAUACUUUCAGAGGAAUGGCAAUAGUUUUUAUGAUCUUCGUGAACGACGGUGCCGGAGGAUAUUGGUGGCUCGAACACGCCACUUGGAAUGGUCUAGCCGCUGGAGAUCUGGUGUUUCCAGCUUUUCUGUGGAUCAUGGGAGUCUGCGUACCUUUGUCCAUCAAAAGUGCCUUCGCCAAGGGCAUUCCUAGAUGGAAGAUUCUAAUUCAUAUAGUGCGGCGUUCCUUUGUCAUGUUUCUCCUGGGCAUAUCACUAAACACUAUUUACGGAUCCAACAUGCUGAGUGAAUUAAGGGUUUUCGGGGUUCUCCAGCGUCUGGCCUUCGCUUAUCUAGUAUCAGCAGGAUUUUAUGCUCUUACCGCUCCAAAGUACUACACACCUCCCAGGGGGGCCUGCGGCCAGGCUCUCAAAGAUGUGCUAUCCUGUGUCUGGUGCUGGAUCCUGGCUGGAGUUCUAAUAGCAUUGCACAGUGCUAUCACUUUCAUUCUUCACGAUCCUAAUUGUCCUUCAGGUUAUCUUGGUCCGGGGGGCAAACACGACGACUGGUAUGCACCAGAAUGCAGCGGGGGUGCUGCCGGUUACAUAGACCGUCUGUUACUUGGAAGUUCUCAUCUGUACCAAAACAGUGAUGCUAGGACCGUUUAUGGCGGUUCUGUUACUGACCCAGAGGGUUUACUAGGUUGCUUGACAUCAGCGGUGCAGGCUUUAUUGGGUGUGCAAGCUGGUGCAACAGUAUUAUUACAACGAUCGCAUAAGGCUCGCGUAUCGCGUUGGCUAGCUUGGGCGCUGGUCUUCGCACUUGCAGCUGCUUUGCUGGCUGGCUUUUCGCGAGACCAUGGAGUCGUGCCGAUUAACAAGAAUUUGUGGUCAAUAUCAUUCGUGCUAGCGACAUCAGCCGUAUCCCUCGCCAUACUCAGCAUCUGCUACACUUUCACGGACGCUUGGAGGCUCUGGGCUGGUGGACCGUUUAGGGCUCCGGGGCUCAACGCAAUAGCCCUAUACGUCGGACAUUCGAUUUGCGCUCAUCUCUUCCCCUUCCACUGGAAAAUCCCAGUUAUGAGAACACACGCAAUACGGCUGGUCGAAGCAGUUUGGGGGACAGCGCUCUGGGUAAUCAUAGCUCACGUUAUGGCGAAGAAAAAAGUAUUCGUUACUCUGUAA